AUGGAGCAAAACAAAAGCUCUCAAGGGGGUUUCAUUCUCUUGGGCUUCUCUGACAAACCCCAGUUAGAAAUAAUUCUAUUUGUGGUCAUCUUGGUCUUCUACAUCUUGAACCUAGUGGGAAACAUGACUAUCAUCUUGGUUUCUAGCAUUGACCCCAAACUGCACACCCCAAUGUACUUCUUCCUCACCAAUUUGUCCUUUGUAGACCUCUGCUUAACUACCACCGUGGCCCCACAGUUACUGUUCACAAUGAGAAGCAAAGACAAGACUGUGAGCUACACUGGUUGUGUAGCUCAACUGUAUGUGGCCAUGGGGUUGGGAUCCACUGAGUGUAUUCUCUUAGUUGUCAUGGCCUAUGACCGUUAUGCAGCUGUCUGUCGCCCCCUGCACUAUGCAGUCAUCAUGCAUCCUCGACUCUGCCUGUCUCUGGCUGCCACAGCAUGGCUCAGUGGUCUCAUUACCUCUCUGAUUCAGUGCUCUCUCACUAUACAGCUCCCUCUAUGUGGUCAUAACCAGCUUGAUCACAUCUUUUGUGAGGUGCCAGUGAUGAUCAAGUUGGCUUGUGUAGAUACAACUUUCAAUGAAGAUGAGCUUUUUGUGGCUUGUGUGGUUUUUCUUGUGGUACCUGUCUCUCUCAUUCUGAUUUCCUAUGGGUACAUCACCCACGCCAUAUCGAGAAUUAAAUCUGCAUCAGGACGUCGUAAAGCAUUUGGGACUUGUUCUUCUCACUUGAUAGUUGUAAUAAUUUUCUAUGGGACUAUCACCUUCAUGUAUCUCCAGCCAGCUAAAAGCAGAUCCAAAGACCAGGGAAAGUUUGUCUCCCUCUUCUACACUGUGGUCACACCUCUGUUAAAUCCCCUCAUCUAUACCCUGAGGAACAAGGAUGUAAAGGGAGCACUAAGAAAGCUGAUUAAAAGA